UCAACUCUGUAUCUGCACACACACCUCAUACACAAAACCGCCCGCCUUUGCCAUCUUCUACUGAUGUCCCAGUUAUGCAUAAACAGCCCCACAACUAUAUUACUACUACACAUACUUCUCUGCUCGCACUCAUAACUUCAAAAUCAUAUGAUGGAGAUAGAGAGGUAGAAGUAGUUGAAGAGGAUGAGUCUUGGCAACGGUUUCCCAGAAGCACAACCGCACAAACUCCCACUGCUGGAUCUCCAUCUGGGACAACCCAACACCCCAGCCAGGAGAACCAUUCUGCUCUCACACCUUCUGUUUUAACCUCCACUGGGAGCUCCACAACUAGUCAGACUCCCACAUUCUACAUUGUGCCAAACCAACCUACAGCCAUCAGAGUGGAGUCCAUUGAGCUGCUGCUGCAGAUCCUUGUUGGAGAAUCCAGUUCAUCUUUUACUUCAGGUUUGGAGGAAGACACCAUGUCCUGGGUGGAGCCGUACCUACAGAAGGCUCCGGGGUUCAGCAGACUGCUGGGAGUCUGGAGCAGUGGCAAUGCUGUGCAGAGUCUGGUGGAGUUUAAAACCAGCGGGGCUCUGCAGUGGCUCAGCAUGACUGGAUCCACAUCACUGAUGGAACGAACAGGACUAGCUCAGGCGGUCCGUGAUGGGAGGAGCUUCAGAUCAUCCAAGAUCACCAACAUCACACUGGGAGGUCUGCAGGGUGAUGUGUGUGACUGGUUACUGCAAUGUCCAGCAGGCUACAAGUGUGUGUUCCAGCCUGGCUCUUCAAACUACAGCUGUUCUUCUGUCUGCCACUUUGACUACUGCCACCACCAUGGCAUCUGUACCCACCACCCGGGCCAACGUCCUGUUUGCCGCUGCCUUGUGGGAGAGGACUUCUGGUACAUGGGUCAGAGGUGUGACAUGAGGAUGACUCGAGUGCGGCUCGUGGGCGCAUGUCUUGCAAUCUUACUCAUCAUGGUGACAGUGAUUGGCGUUUUAGCCUUUGUGGCAGUGCAACGUUACCGAGCCAUUCUGAUCCAGGCCAAAAUAGAUCAGACUCGGAGCAGCUAUCGCAGGUUCAACCAUUUUGAUGAGCUGUCAGGACGGUUCUGGUUGCGUUCGUGGGCCGGAUCAGCAGACUCACUAGAUAAUCCCGCCUUUACACGCUCCGAUGAGUUACUGCACAUGCGGGCGCUUGACCGCCCCUGCUGUUACCACGACGACACGCUGUCACUGGCCUCCACCUGCGCCAGCCACGGAACACGCAUCAAUACAAUCUACCCCCACAGCUCACAGUAUGGUUGGAGGGGGAGCGAGAUGAGCAUGGGGGAUGGUGUGUUGGACUCGGGUAAGGCCAGUGACCUUUCUGUCUGUAGCUGGCCUGUGGAACCCAUUCAGUGGACUCCCUUCCCACUUCUGCAGCAACUGGCUUCCCACAGGACACCUGCAGUGAGGGUGUCGAGGCCACGGUCCUACUGUGAAGGCAUGGAGCUGGUAGACCUGGGGAAGAGCUGGACUGCGUGACACACAUAAAAAAGAAUCAAAUCCAAUGUUGACACCGGUAUUUGCAGCCCAUUUGUUCAUUGUAGACCUUGAAUGUUCUUGUUUUGUUGAUAAAAACUUUAAAACAAUAAGUGUAAAUGUGUACUGUAUAUAUAAGUCUAUAUUUUUUGGUUAGGUUGUUGCUACGUCAUCCAUUUGGAAUCUGCAAUUUGUUUCUUAAAUGUUUAUUUAGAUAAGAUGUAGGAUAUACUGUAAAGUAAGAAAAACAAAGAAUCAGUCUAAAUGUCUGUGGCACCGAAUCUUAUAUAUUGCUCUAAUAAACAAAUCUUACUCAGGGCAAGAAUAAAUGUA